AUGCGGACCGGGAAGAUAAGAGACAUUACCCGCCGGAUUCGGCGUACAUGGAAACGCUUGUUAGAUGGCCAUUGCGGCGUUGUGAAUGUGAAGGAUCGCGAUGAGCGCUUCGCCGAGCAACCCUGUCAGGUUGCUGCCGUUGUCCCACAGGGCAAUCGCGAUAAUGGUGGAUGGACUGCCUCGGAAUGGUUGAGUCGGGGUGAUGAGCGGAAGAUGGCCAAGUUUGCACAGUAUGCUAUGGCGGCGACGGAAGAGGCGCUUCAAGAUGCGGACUGGAAGCCCAAGCUUUUUGAGCAGAGGGAAGCCACAGGAAUCUGUCUAGGAUCAGGCAUUGGGAAUUUUGAUGAAAUCUACAACACAGUUAUUGCCUACGACAAGGGUGGCUACAAAAAGGUCAAUCCGCUGUUCGUGCCGAAGCUGCUGAUCAACCUUGGCGCUGGGCAUAUCUCUAUGAAGUACGGGUUCAUGGGCCCGAGCCAUUCCGCAACAACGGCUUGCACAACUGGUGCCCAUUCCAUUGGCGAUGCAGCUCGGUUCAUCGCCUUCGGUGAUGCCGAUGUAAUGGUCGCUGGUGGUGCCGAGUCCUGUAUCCAUCCUUUGGCCAUUGGCGGCUUUGCGCGUGCAAGAAGUCUAUCGACGGGGUUUAACGAUACUCCAGAGAAGGCGUCACGGCCGUUCGACGCCGACCGUGCAGGCUUUGUAGUCGGCGAAGGUGCAGCUGUGAUGGUUCUGGAGGAGCUAGAACAUGCCCUGGCAAGAGGGGCGCGGAUCUAUGCAGAACUCAAAGGGUAUGGCUGCUCCAGCGACGCACAUCAUAUGACCUCGCCUAAAGAAAAUGGUGAAGGCGCGUUUAUGGCUAUGAAAAAGGCGCUUAAGCAAGCCCAGUUACGUCCUGCUGCAGUCGACUAUAUCAAUGCACAUGCAACUUCGACUAUUGUCGGUGACGCUGCUGAGAACGCUGCUAUCAAGGCCCUCCUGCUUGGCCCUGAUGGUAAAGAUAAGGCUGCUGAUGUGAACGUCAGCAGCACAAAGGGUGCCCUCGGUCAUCUGCUUGGUGGUGCUGGUGCUAUAGAAGCUUUGAUCAGUGUACUUGCAAUCCAUGAGAAUACCAUGCCACCUACUAUCAACCUAGAUCGCUUGGCUGAUGGGUUUGAUUGCAACUAUGCGCCGAAAGAUCCCCAGUCACGACAGAUCGAUGUUGCCUUGACAAAUAGUUUUGGUUUUGGUGGCACUAACAGUAGCCUUUGCUUUGCACAUUAUUCAUGA